UCGAGAAAACUAUCAACUGUCGUAUUUAUCGAUUAAUCGAUAUUUAGUGUGUUGUUUUAUAAUUUUCACUAUAAAUUUAUUAUAGUCGCUUAACUGUAAGUGGAAAAUAUUGAAGCAGUUAGUUGUUAUGGCAGCAGUUGACAUUCAAAAUACAGCCACUCAUGAAAAUAGGUGUGGCGCCUGUAAUGAAGUUUUUCAAUUUACAUGAUGUAUCCCAUUUGUAAUUAAUGAAGAUUCUUUUGUGUUCGACGAUUUUGUGUGUUGUUGCCACUUCGAUAACCUGUGACACUUGUGAUAAGUGGCCGAAGAAUUACACGCACUUAGUGAUGGAUAUAAUCGGGCGUGAUACUUGUCCCAGGCUGAAAAGAAGCCUAAGUGAAUGGCAGUUUUCUUGUAGCAAACUGAAACAGUUGCCCAUUGAUGAAAUAAAAGAAAACUAUGUCCGUGGGAAUGUAGAAAAUGCUGUGUUUUCAGAAGUGUCACCGGUGCCAUUAAAAACAAAGCUAAGGCUUGUGUCGAUCUCGCGAGAUGCAUUAACAGACAUUCUUGACAUGGAUCCGGAAAUAAGUGACACAGAGGAAUUUAUUCAGUUUAUAGCUGGGAAUAAAGUGUUGGAUAGUUCAACACCGUUAGCUCACAGAUACGGCGGGUACCAGUUUGGACUUUGGGCUUACCAACUAGGAGAUGGAAGAGCAGUAUCGCUUGGAGAAUACGUUAACAGCAAAGGACAACAUUGGGAAUUACAACUAAAAGGCUCAGGAAGGACACCAUACUCGCGGUUUGGUGAUGGACGAGCAGUGCUUCGUUCGUCAGUCAGAGAGUUUCUAUGCUCUGAAGCCAUGUAUUAUUUAGGGAUCCCAACUUCUAGGGCUGCCGCCUUAGUUGUUAGUGAAGAUCCUGUUGUAAGGGAUCAGUUUUACAAGGGUUAUCCUAAAGCAGAGAGAGCAGCUGUAGUGCUCAGGCUAGCACCUUCUUGGUUCCGGUUUGGUUCCCUGGAAAUUUUGACAGAGAAUGGUGAAUUGGCAACUCUUAAAGUUUUAGUAGAUUACAUCAUUCAGGAAUAUUUCCCUGACUUGAAGGAUGACAAGAACAAAUAUGUUCAAAUGUUUAGUGAUAUAGCAUAUAAGUCAAUGGACCUGGCAAUACAUUGGGAUACUGUGGGAUUUGCUCAUGGUGUACUGAACACAGAUAACAUGAGCCUUCUUGGAAUUACCAUUGACUAUGGUCCCUUUGGUUUUGUAGAAACUUAUGAUCCACUCUUUGUGCCAAAUUCAUCAGAUGAUGAGAAGAGAUAUGCUCUUUGUAAACAGCUCGAAAUUGUCAGAUGGAACCUCGAAAAGCUUGCCCAUGCUUUGUCUCCUCUCUUAAACAAUGAUGAGAGGAGCCAGAUAUUGGAUGUUAUGAAUAGCCUUUCAUCUUAUUCCACUCAGAAAAGGAGACAAGCAUUUGUGAGAAAGUUGGGUUUACAACAGCCUGAAGACUCAGAUGAUGAGCUAAUCACACUCUUGCUUCAGAUAAUGGCAGAAACAAGAGCUGAUUUUACAAUGACAUUUAGGCAGUUUGGUGAAAUUGAUCUGACUGAUAUUACAGACAAAUCUAAACUAGACACCCUCUGGUCUUUAGAAAAAUUGUCUGGGCACAGAUUAUUUGAAGACUUUAUUGAACUCUAUAGGAAUAGAGUGAAGAAAGAAAAGGGCUUAACUGAGGAAGUACGGAAGGAACGGAUACUGAAAUUCAAUCCACGCUACGUUCUUCGUAACUGGAUGGCACAGGUUGCUAUUGAGCGAGCAGAAGACAAUGACUUUACUGAAGUCCAGAUGCUGCAUGAGAUACUGAAAAACCCUUUCACAGUUCAAGAAGAGGCAGAAAAGCGUAAAUUUGCAGACCCUCCUCCGGAGUGGUCACUGUUCCUCCGAGUUAGCUGUUCCAGCUGAAACAUUCAGUGCAAUGUAAAAAUAUGUUAUUUCACCAUAAUAUUGUUUCUAUUUAGUGUCUGCCUUACUUUUUUUCUGAAUUGUAUUGUGCGUUUCUUAAUGUUGAUUAUUAGCCACUUUGAGAGAUUCUGGCACUUCUGUUACUAUUUGAAAUAAAAUGGGUUGAAACUAAA